AUUGCAGACGGAGUAGACACCAAAUCGCUACAUAUACAGUGGCUAAGAUCUAGACUGGGCCUUGUGCAACAAGAACCGAUUCUGUUUGACUGCAGUAUUGCAGAGAAUAUCCAAUAUGGAGAUAACAGCAGAAUUGUUAGCCAGGAAGAAAUUGAAGAAGCAGCUAAAGCAGCCAAUAUUCACGAUUUUAUAGAAAAUCUCCCAGAGAAAUACAAUACUCGAGUGGGUGAUAAAGGAGCACAGCUUUCAGGAGGGCAGAAGCAAAGAAUCGCUAUUGCUCGUGCUCUUGUGCGAAAACCUGCAGUUCUGCUUCUAGAUGAGGCCACAUCAGCUCUGGAUACAGAAAGUGAAAAGAUUGUCCAGAAAGCAUUAGAUGAUGCUCGAAAAGGCCGAACCUGCAUUGUUAUUGCUCACCGACUGUCAACAAUCCAGAAUUCUGACGUCAUAGCAGUCAUCCAGAAUGGCAGAGUAGUAGAACAAGGAACUCACAGCCAGCUGCUGGCAUUGGAGGGAUUUUAUUAUGCGCUUGUCAAUGCCCAAGUACCCCAGUAGUUGUAUUGAUAGAGCCAGAAACAAAAGUUUUUGAGAAGUUAGACCAAAAUGCAAUAUUACAAACCACUAUUCAGCAAGUCCAAGGCAGGUUUGGGUUUUCAAAGAGCAAUCCACUGUGCCACAUUGAAACUGAAGCACCAAUAAUAUGGUGGAAGUGGGUCUCUUGUGCACGAAUUACACUUUUCAUUCAUUUUAAUUUUUUUUUUUGCACAACCCAUUGAGCACACUAAAAAGAAUUCACUGAAUCAAUAUGAAGAUUGCUGUUCCAUGUUCCAUUAUCAAGGAAUUCUCAGGUGCAUGCAUAAUAUUUUGGCUAUUUGCAUGAAGAUACUUAUUUAUAUGUUGCUGUGUUGCACAUGUGUUUUUUAUUAUAAUGCUGAUGGUAACUUAUGUAAGAGUAAUAGAAAUGUUGAAAAAACUAGUAACUCCAUAAUGAAACUCAGUGGGGUGGUAAAGUAGUUCUGAAAGUAAUCAGCCCGGUCCUACUGAAAAUAUCUUCUAAAUAUAGACUUCCAAAAUAAUUCAUUUAGAAAAUCAAAGUCCAAAAGUCCAGGAAGCAGAGAGCAAGUGAUAGCCAAGGUGCCGGUGGAACAUACAUCUCCUCAAAAUGU